GCGAGAGGGAGGUCCCGGUUGUGAGGGGGGCCUGAUGUCCGUUCUCAGCCAGUGACUCUGCUGAUAACAGCAAGCUCUCACCAAUGUCACUCAUGUGCUUGGUCACGGCACCCAUGACUCUGAGCUGCGAGGUAUUAGAUAUCAUCUUGCUCUGCCUAGUCGUCAACCGCUGCUCCAAAGUGGCGUCUCCCCGGAUUUGCGCCGCCUGGUUGCGGGCCUGACUGGGGUCCUUGAUGGCUCCAAAGUCUUUCGGUGAUGAAAUGCAGGGAACACAGGCGUCUCGAUACCGCACUGUCGAACUGUAGGGCGGGAACCACCCCACUCGCCAAACGUAAAGCUUCACCUCCAUCUCCCCUCCUCGCCUUCCAGUCUCCCCCCCUUUCCGCCUUCCUGGACUCCCCUUUAUUUUUUUUCCAUCUCUGCAUCUUGCCAUCUCGGCCUCUUCUAUACCUGAUCCUCCUGCUCAACCCAACCUCCUUGUACUAACUCUCUCCGUUUCUCCUGUCACUAUCUCUACUCUACAUACCUACAUUACACAUUGCCGUUUGUCUCUCCCAAUUUCUGCCGCCGUGUGCCGGACUUGUCUGUCUCGGCCUUUAUUCCUUGUUCGCCUGCAAGCCGAUCGUUAAGCUUCCCUACCACCUCCCUGGCUUAGCUCGGAUUGCACCCUCUCUCUCCUGUUCUUUAUCAUUGAGAAAGCUCCUCGUCGACUGCGGCAUCUUUUUCUCCUACAACACUACCCCUCUUCGCCAGCUCCCGCUUCUGGAUUCCGAACGCCGCAGACCCCCCAUAGCCACUCCACCACACAUACUCCCACCGUCGGUGGCUUUGUCCAGCCAAACCAUAUCGACGCCUCCUGUGUCUCUGGCCGAAAACACCCAGAGAGAAACAGAGUUAGUAUCCUGACUCUGUAACCGACAUACUCGCCCAGGCCGACCUCAAGUACAUCAGGCUCGGCCCCCCUUUUUUUCGAACCAGAUCCUGAAAUUCUCCAAUCGAUAAACCACACCCACUUUCUGAACGUUGUCCAACAUGUCCACUGGCUUCAGCAGCCCUUUCGGGGGCAACUCGAACCCAUUUGGCAGACUGGAGACCACUGGUAUGCAAAGAGUCGCCGAGGAGGACGAAAAUGACAUGGUGACUUCGCCCACAACGGCGAGCUUUGGCCGCGCUCCAGCCGACCAUGGCGCCGGUCUCUUCCGAAGCCCUUUUGGUGCCGAUGCGGCAUCUGAUACACACAUGACUGGAGUCAACAGGCCCCAUCUUGAUCCAACAGGCUACCCAGCCCAGUACAACUUGGGCCGUCGCACUUCGGUAUCGGCCGAGUCACUGAAACCCCCUACCGGAGAAGCUUAUGACAAUUGGACACCUCCUGUGCAUCCCAAGACGCCCGAGCAGCUGGAGCGGUUGAAGGAAGCCAUCAGCGGCAAUUUCCUGUUCAGCCACCUCGAUGACGAGCAAACCGCCCAGGUAUUGGGGGCUUUGAUAGAGAAGCCGAUCCCAUCCAAGGAUAUCAAGGUGAUUACCCAAGGAGAUACCGGUGACUUCUUUUAUAUCAUCGAAAAGGGUUCUUUCGAUAUUUACGUCAGCCUCACAGGAAAGGUCGAGCCUGGUUUGGACGGGGCUGGCAGGAAGGUUAGCACCAUUGGUGCAGGCGGUUCUUUUGGAGAGCUUGCGCUCAUGUACAACGCCCCGCGGGCCGCUACUGUUAUUUCCGCCGAGCCCAACUGCACCCUCUGGGCCUUGGACCGUAUGACCUUCCGGAGGAUCCUGAUGGAGUCGACCUUUGCCCGUCGUCGCAUGUACGAGGGCUUCCUCGAGGAGGUGCCUUUGCUCUCAAGCCUGACCCCGUAUGAGCGCUCCAAGAUUGCGGAUGCGCUCAAGAGCGAGAAAUUCCCGGCCGGUCACACCAUUAUUCGCGAGGGCGACCCGGGUGACUCCUUUUACUUGCUUGUGGAUGGCGAGGCGGUCGCUCUUAGGAGGGGCGACGAGACCGCUGUCAAGCACUACAAAAAGGGCGAUUUCUUUGGCGAGCUCGCUCUGCUAAACGACGCACCACGCGCCGCCAGCGUCGUGAGCACCACCGAGGUCAAGGUUGUGUCGCUUGGCAAGUCGGCGUUCCAGCGUUUGUUGGGGCCGGUCGAGAGUAUUAUGCGGAGAACCAAGUAUGUGGGUGUCAAGACUGGGGUGGAGGAGAUGGAUCCCCUUCAGACAGUUUAAAGGAUGAUGGAGCAUGGAGAGAGAUCAGAAUAGGGAAACGAGGUGUAAUGGGGCGCGGUGUGGGCGCUUGCUUCUCGAGUUUUUUUGGUGGUGAAAAGAACAAAUAUUGGAGAAGGAACAAAGUAUGGUAUUCUUGGUGUGGCUUUGUGGGUUGGGGCUGGAGUUUUGGAUUAUUAUUCUCACUCUGCUGUCUCCCUAUUUUUUUUGGGCCUACAUGAUUAUUCAAGACCAAACACUUUGGCUUGUUAUUAGAUACCUGAAGGAGUAGCAAACAGGUCAUAAUAGCAAAUGCUAUGUUUGCCUAGGGUUAUGUACAUUGCUCACCCCACCCAUAUGUAUUGUGUGAAAUGCAUAGUCGUUGACGGACACAUAGACAA